AGCCGGACGCCAGUCAGUCUUCUGCGACAAGCCGGUGGUAAAGUUUGUAGUUUAGCGCCAUUAAAGAGGAAGUGUUCUGCGUCGAGUUUUGUGUAUCGUCCUCGCCGUCGCCGUCGCCGUCGCUAUUGCUGUCGCUGUCGCCGUCGCCGUCGUCUUCGAGGCCAUCUCGUGUGUGCUAUUAAACUAGAAUCUCAAUAGAAAAAUAAACAUAUAAAAGACUGGCUGUUGUUCUUUGAACGACAAGAAAAAAAAAAAUUAGCGAAAAAGAGUAUAUAUACAAAUAUAUACAGAGAGAGAAAGAGAGAAACAACGGAGAGGAUAUUACGUUUCAUUCGUAUCGGCCUAUUGUCCACUAGGCUACCACGUUCAAUAAAUUAUCCAGACACUUCAAGAAUCCUAGAAGUGUGUAUAAUUAAACAAAGAAACAAAAUAAACUGCAAAGAUGCCUGCUCGAUUCGAAGGUGUUAACAGUCCUAUCGUACGGGAGCCAGUCGUUUCAAAUGGAGUUACCCGUAAUGUGAAUGAGGAUAUUGUCAUAAGUGGUUUCUCAGGUCGUCUACCAGAGUCAUCUAAUAUAGAAGAAUUUAAAACACAAUUAUUCGAUGGAAUUGAUUUAAUCACAGACGAUGAACGUCGUUGGACCUCUGGUAUAUAUGGUUUACCAACUAGAAGUGGGAAAAUUAAAGAUCUUACAUCCUUUGAUGCCACUUUCUUUGGCGUACAUGCUAAACAAGCUCACGUAAUGGAUCCACAACUUCGAAUGCUUUUGGAAAUAACCUAUGAAGCUAUUAUCGAUGCUGGCAUCAAUCCUGUUUCAUUAAAAGGCACAAGAACUGGUGUAUUUAUUGGUGUUUCUUCUUCGGAAUCUGAUGAAUAUUGGACAAAAAAUCCAGAAACUGUCAAUGGAUAUGGUUUGACUGGAUGUUGCCGGGCAAUGUUCCCCAAUAGAAUUUCUUACACUUUCGAUUUCCAAGGACCCAGUUACGCAGUAGACACAGCUUGUUCAUCUUCAUUAUAUGCAAUGCAUCAGGCGAUAUCUUCAAUAAAAUCUGGAGAAUGUGAUUCAGCUAUAGUCGGUGGUUGUAAUCUACUUUUGAAGCCAACAAGUUCACUACAGUUCCAUAGAUUAAACAUGUUAUCUUUGGAUGGUAUGUGCAAAGCUUUCGAUGCUGAUGGAAAUGGUUAUGUAAGAGCAGAAGCAGCUGUGGCAAUAUUGUUGCAAAAAUCGAAGGAUGCUCGUAGAGUCUAUGCCACUAUUGUUAAUUCUAAAACAAAUGUGGAUGGUAAGAAGAUUCAAGGAAUUACUUUUCCUAACGGGGAUAUGCAGAAUAAAUUGAUGCGUGAGGUGUACUUAGAAAGUGGUGUUAAUCCAGCUGAUGUAGUUUACGUUGAAGCUCACGGAACUGGCACGAAAGUAGGAGAUCCACAAGAAAUCAAUUCGAUUGUAGAUAUAUUUUGUAAGAACAGGAAAGGACCUUUGCUUGUUGGAUCGGUUAAAUCAAAUAUGGGUCACUCUGAACCAGCCAGUGGAUUAUGUUCAAUUGUAAAAGUUCUUAUUGCAAUGGAAAGUGGUAUUAUUCCACCCAAUUUACAUUUUAAUAAUCCUAAUCCUGACAUACCUGCGUUGUUGGAUGGAAGGAUACAGGUCGUUGACAAACCAACACCAUGGAAAGGUGGUUUAGCAGCAGUGAAUUCAUUUGGUUUUGGUGGAGCAAAUGCACACAUUAUUUUACGUAGUAAUCCAAAGCCAAAAUUAUCACCAGUAUUGGAAACUAAAUUACCGAAACUUGUAAAUGUAUCCGGCCGUACCGAAGAGGCUGUUAACUUUCUGUUAGAUACAAUCAAAGAACACGAACAGGAUGAUGAAUUUAUUUCAAUAAUACAUGAUAUACAUGCUAAUAAUAUAUCUGGACAUUCUGUAAGUGGAUUUCAAGUAUUAGGAAACUCUAAUAUUCGUGAAGUAGACCAACAUAAUAGCUCAUCUGAACGACCUAUAUGGUUUCUAUUUUCUGGUAUGGGUUCCCAAUGGGCAGGUAUGGGAAAAGAACUAUUAUGCAUCGAAUCUUUCCAACGUAGUUUGCAACGUUGCGCUGAAGUAUUGAAACCAGAAGGAAUUGAUCUGUUAGAUCUCAUUCUACAUGGAACAAAUGAAACAUUUAAGAAUGUAUUGAAUUCUUUUGUAUCAAUCGCUGCUAUUCAGGUUGCUUUUGUUGAUUUAUUAACGUUAUUGGAUAUACAUCCAGAUGGUAUCAUUGGACAUUCUGUUGGAGAGUUAGGCUGUGCAUAUGCCGAUGGUACUUUUACACCUGAACAAACAGUCUUAGCAGCAUAUUGGAGAGGCAAAUGUAUAGUAGAAUCUAAUUUACCACUUGGAGCUAUGGCUGCAGUUGGUCUUGGUCGGGAGGAAUUAUUAAAACUUUGCCCACCUGAUAUAUCACCGGUUUGUCACAAUGCUGCCGAUUCCAUAACAAUCUCAGGCCCAGCAGAUUCUCUUCUUAAAUUCGUAAAUGAAUUGAAGAGCCAAGAUAUCUUCGCUAAACUUGUGGACAGUUCUGGUAUUGCUUUCCAUAGCAAAUACUUAGCAUCAGUUGGACCAAAAUUACGUACAGUACUUGAGAAAAUUAUUCCAAAUCCAAAACAACGUUCUGCCAGAUGGAUCUCGACUUCUAUACCAGAGAAUGCUUGGGGUGGUCCACUCGCGCAGCUUAGCUCAGCUGCAUAUCAUGUGAACAAUCUUUUAUCGCCUGUAUUAUUCCAAGAAGGAUUAGUUUAUGUACCAGAAAAUGCAAUUGUUAUAGAAAUUGCACCUCAUUGCUUGCUCCAAGCAAUUUUACGCAGAUCUUUACCUCCAACUGUAACAAGCAUCGCCCUUCAUAAAAGAAAUCAUAACGAUAAUUUAGGCUUCUUUUUAAGCAACAUAGGAAAAUUAUAUGCCGCAGGCGCUGAACCCAAAAUUUCCAAAUUGUAUCCACCUAUAAACUACCCUGUUGGCCGUGGCACACCAAUGUUAAAUUCCCUUGUUAAAUGGGAUCACUCGACGUCAUGGAGUGUAGCUAAUUUUUCAAAGAAUGUAAGUCGUUCUGGAGAAAGUAUCGUCGAAAUUGACUUAUCCAAAGAAACAGAUGCUUAUCUUAGUGGGCAUACGAUUGAUGGAAGAAUUUUGUUCCCUGCAACUGGUUAUUUAACGAUCGUAUGGAAAACAUUCGCAAAACUGAACAAUACUGAUUAUCAACAAAUGCCAGUGAUUUUUGAAAAUGUACGCUUCCAACGUGGUACGAUCAUUCAGAAACAAGGCACAGUGAGGUUCCUGAUAAACAUUUUUGAUGGUAGCGGUGAAUUUGAGAUUUGUGAAGGAGAAUCAGUUGUAGUUACUGGUAAAAUUCGUUUGCCAGAUGACUUUAAAAAAGAACAACUGAACCUACCAAUACCUGACACUCAAGAUAAACCUGCCUUUAUGGAAUUAAAUACAAAAGACGUUUACAAGGAUCUCAGGCUACGUGGUUACGAUUACAGUGGCAUUUUCCAAGGUAUUAAGUUAUCAGACAAUCGAGGAAUCAAAGGACAACUUUCUUGGAAUAACGAUUGGAUUUCAUUUAUGGAUACGAUGCUUCAAUUUUCUAUAAUUGGCAAGGAUGUAAAAGAUUUAUAUAUUCCAACACGUAUACAAUAUGUCUCUAUUGAUCCUACCGUUCAUCUGAAAUUGGUGAACGAACUACCACAAGAAGGAGGAAGUCUUCCAGUUUAUAACUAUAGAAAUAUUUCUUGCAUUAAGUCAGGUGGUAUUGAAAUUAGAGGUUUGAAAGCAACAUUAACAUCAAGGAGACAUCAAACUCAAGCAGCACUCAAACAUGAACGAUACACUUUCGUACCGUAUGAAAAUUAUCAAAUUCUUUCUGAAGAUCCUGAUAAAGUUAAGUUACAUGUUUUAACUGUUUUAUUGGGUAUUGUAAACGAAAAUGUACUAAGUAUGAAAUUGAAAAUAGCUGAAGUAGUUGGAGAAAGACCAGCGGAAGCGUUACUGUCAUCAUUGGUGUUACAAAUUUUGUACGAUGAACCUGGAAUAAUUAAUGUUGACUUACAACUGAUAACCACUUCGCCAGAUAAUUAUGCUACAUCUUUGGAUCAAUCUAAUGUAAAGAUUGUAGCUAAAGAUAUAAACAAUUCACCUGCUGGACAGGAUUUACAUCUUGUAUUAGCAGCCGAUGUACUUAGUAAUAAAUCUCUGACCGUCCUAGGAAACUUAUCUAACUCAUUGAAAAAUGGAGGUUUCAUUAUUUUGGAAGAGACUGGAAAUUUGGAUGUAAAACUAUUGAAAGGUACUGGAUUAAUGGUCGUUAGUACACAAGUUAAUACUGGAAAGACUUAUGUGCUUUUGAAGAAACUCGAAGAGAAAGGUCAACCAAUAAUUAUACAAAUUACCGAAAAAAACUUCUCAUGGCUCGAAGGAGUUAAAGCUGCAUUGAAUAAAUCUGAAACAGAAGGCCAAGAGGUUCUUUUAGUUAGUCAAGGGGAAGAGUUACUUGGUUUAAUCGGUUUCAUGAAUUGUCUUCGUUUUGAAAGUGGUGGAAACAACACUCGUUACGUUUUCAUUCAAGACAAAAAUGCACCGAAAUUUUCUUUAACUUCACGAUCUUACGCUGAACAAUUGAAUAAGCAGUUAGUGGCCAAUGUAUUGAAAGGAGGUCAUUGGGGAAGUUAUCGUCAUUUACCUUUGGAGCAACAGAAAGAUGCAUCGUCUCUACAAGUUGAACAUGCGUAUAUUAAUAGUUUAAUUACAGGUGAUUUGACAAGUUUAAGAUGGAUCGAAAGCUCUUUGAGUUAUUAUCAACCUGAAAAAUAUCCAAACACUGAAAUGUGUAGCGUUUAUUAUGCUCCAUUAAACUUUAGAGAUAUUAUGUUGGCUACUGGAAAGUUACAAACAGAUGCAUUACCAGGUAAUAUCGCUUCUCAAGACUGUAUCUUAGGUCUUGAAUUUUCUGGUAGAGAUACUAAAGGACGAAGAGUCAUGGGAAUGGUAGCGUCCCGAGGAUUAGCAACAACUGUUUUAGCUGAUCCUGGGUUUAUGUGGGAAGUACCCGAUAAGUGGACUUUAGAAGAAGCAGCAACUAUUCCUGUUGUCUAUGCAACUAGUUAUUAUGCACUUUUUGUACGUGGUAGAUUACAACCAGGUGAAACUGUUUUGAUUCAUGCUGGUAGUGGAGGAGUUGGUCAAGCAAGUAUUGCGAUAGCUUUACAUGCUGGAUGUAAAGUAUUCACUACAGUAGGAUCUCAAGAGAAAAGAAACUUUUUAAAGAAGAUGUUCCCACAAUUGACCAACAGAAAUAUUGGUAACUCAAGAGAUACUAGUUUUGAGCAGCUGAUUCUAACUGAAACUAAUGGACGUGGAGUUGAUGUUAUUCUGAACUCAUUGGCAGAAGAAAAAUUACAGGCUAGUGUGAGAUGUCUUGCAAGGGAUGGUCGAUUCCUUGAAAUUGGCAAAUUUGAUUUAGCAAAUAAUAGUCUUCUAGGAAUGUCUAUUUUCUUAAAAAAUACUUCGUUCCAUGGUAUACUUUUGGAUGCAUUAUUUGAAACUGAUAAUUCAGAGAAAAGAGAGAUAGUAAGAUUGGUUAACGAAGGAAUUAAAAAUGGAGCUGUGAAGCCACUCCAAUCAACUGUCUUUUUGGAACAACAAAUUGAACAAGCAUUUAGAUUCAUGGCUACUGGUAAACACAUCGGCAAGGUAAUGUUAAAGAUUCGUGAGGAAGAAACACAAAAGGUUGUACAACCAUUAUCAAAGACUGUAGCAGCUAUUCCACGAACAUAUAUGAAUCCAGACAAAUCAUAUAUACUUGUUGGAGGUCUUGGUGGAUUUGGAUUAGAACUUACAAGUUGGAUGAUAAAUCGAGGCGCCAAGCAUGUCGUUCUGACGUCAAGAUCAGGUAUACGUACUGGAUAUCAAGCAUUAUGCGUUCGACGUUGGCAUGAAUGCGGUGCAAAUAUUGUCAUUUCUACAACUGACGUUACUACGUCAGCUGGUGCAGAGAAAUUAAUAAAAGAAAGUAACAAGAUAGCUCCUGUUGGUGGUAUAUUUAAUUUGGCUGCUGUCUUGAACGACGCUCUCAUUGAAAAUCUUAACGAAAACAAUUUCAAAACUGUUACAUUACCUAAAAUCGAUGGCACCAAGAAUUUAGAUCUAGCCUCGAGGAAACAUUGUCCUUCUUUGGAUUACUUCGUUGUCUUUUCAUCGAUAUCCUGUGGAAGAGGUAAUUUAGGACAAACUAAUUAUGGUCUUGCUAAUUCAGCAAUGGAGAGAAUAGUAGAACAGAGGCAAUCUAAUGGUUUACCUGGUUUGGCUAUUCAAUGGGGUGCCAUUGGUGAUGUUGGUUUAAUUUUAGAAAAUAUGGGAGAUAAUGAUACAGAAAUUGGUGGUACAGUUCCACAACGUAUAAGUAAUUGUCUCUCAACAUUGGACGUAUUUCUUCAACAAUUACAUCCUGUUCUAUCGUCAGUAGUUUUAGCAGAUAAACAUAAAUCAACAGAUAAAACAAAUCAAGUGACUCUCAUUCAAGCUGUUGGAAAUAUUCUAGGAAUCAAAGAUCUAAAAUCACUUAAUCCAAAUAACACUUUGUCUGAUCUAGGAAUGGAUUCGUUGAUGGGUACAGAAAUAAAACAAACUCUUGAGAAAAAUUACGAUUUAGUUCUGUCAGCUCAAGAGAUUCGUGGUCUGACGUUGAGCAAAUUGUUGGAAUUGUCAUCUGAUAAUGCAGAUACGAAUGAUGCUGCUCCAACUGUAAAUAAUAUCUCAGAAAAUAUAACAGACGAAUUACUCUUCCAAUAUUAUGAAACAGAAAUUGUACCUAAGAUCUCUCUUGUAGAAUUAGAGACAAAGAAUUCAAAGGGUACACCAUUGUUCCUGAUUCAUGCUAUAGAAGGAAUUAUAUCUCCUCUGAAAACUUUAGCUGCUCAAUUAGAACGACCUGUUUGGGGAUUUCAAUGUACCCAAGAUGCUCCACUUAAUUCCAUAUCGGAAUUAGCUGAAUUCUAUAUAAAUAUCAUGACACAGGUACAGAAAAAAGGUCCCUUCCAUAUAGCAGGUUAUUCUUUUGGUGCCUGUAUAGCUUUUGAAAUGGGCUUACAAUUAGAAAAAGCUGGGGAAAAUGUUGUGUUAACUCUUCUUGAUGGUUCACCAGUUUUUAUCACUUUACAUACUCAAAAAAUUGGGAAACAAGCUAUUCAGAUGAAUGAAGAUGAAUUAUCUGAUGGUCGUCGAAAAGCUUUAGCAUUUUUCUUGAAACAAUUUAGAAAGGAUAUUAAUUAUCUUCAGGCAUAUAGUAUCUUAAAAGACACACAAACAGAAAAACAGAUGCUAGAUAAAAUGUUAGAUGUAAUUGGUAGUACACCGUUUAAACCAGAGGAAUUAAAAAUCGCUGGAAUAUUAUUUUAUAAAAAAUUAAGAGCUGCUAAUCUUUAUCAACCUAAUGACAAAUUUAAGGGUGAAAUUACAUUACUCAAAGCCAAAGACAAUUUUGUAGCAUUGAAUUACGAUUAUGACCUUUCAGAGAUUUGUAGGCAAAAAGUUAAAGUCGAAGAACUACCAGGUAAUCAUAGAGAUAUCUUAGCUGGCGAUGGCGUCAAGAAAAUAGCAAACGUUUUGCGAGUAUAAAAUUAUUUAAAAAAGAAAAAAAAAUUCAAUACCAAAUUUAAUACUUUAUUUUAUUGCAAAUCUAAGAAGUCGUUAAAGAAGAUUUAAAUUUUACAAAGUAUCGUGAUAUACUAUUUCGCUAAGAAAUAACAAUAAUGAAAGAAAGAAAGAAAGAGAGAAACAAAGGUAUAUAUGUAUCUAUAGAAUUUAGUAAUAAUAACGACUCGUAUGCAAAGUUUUAAAAGUUCCUUUUGUACAAACAUAAUCUUCGUUGUAACUGUUUAUAUCUCUUAUUAAAAUAUGAACUUUCGCUUUGGUGAUUUGGAUCACGGUAAUCUUUUAAAGAAAUGUGUGUUACAUAAAUUAUAAAAAAAACGUGCCAAGCACAAAGCUUUAGUUUAUAUACAUAAGCUAUAAUUAAUAUAACUUAAAUUAAUUGUGUAUAGAGAAAGAAAAGAGAAAAAGAGGGCUACUUUAAAUAAGUAGUUAAUAAGCACGAAAAUAAUUCUAGAAAGAUGAAGAAAGGUGGAGGUGCUUAGUGCAUUUUUCAGAAAGGUCUCAAGUACUAUAAAAUCUUUUCAGUGGUUAUUGGUGGACAAGGUAACCAUUGUUAAGUUUUUAUAGAUAUUAUCAUUAUAUUUAUUCUGUUAUUAUAUAAUUAUAAUUAUAAUAAUAAUAAUAAUAAUAAUUUGUUGCGUCGUUUCUCUCUAUUUGUUUUCAAUAUCAGUAUGAAAGGCACGUAUACAGAACACAGGUGUCUUAAUUAAGUUGUUACAAAAAGUGUAUAACCAGGUAUUUACACGUGAAGUUUUAAGUGAAAAAAAAAUUUAUAUAUAUAUAUAUAUAUAUAUAUAUAUAUAUAUAUAUAUAUAAUACAAAAAAAGAUAAGAAUAUAAAAAUAAACAAAUGCUUGUUGAAGAGCGUUACAAUAAAUGGUAUUUGUAAAAUAUGUACUAAAAAAUAUAUUUUUUUUUAAUGUCUUCAUUUACGUCAAUAUUUUUAUUGUACUAUAUUUUCUUUUUUUAAGAAAUAAGAUAUUUUUCUUUUUAUUGUUUAUAUUUUUUUUUUUUUUUUUUUUUUUUUUUUUUUGUAAGAAAAUUACAUCCAUUAUAUGAAGAUGUAAAAUCGAAGAUGGUGCAUAGUACAUAAUAUACUUAAUCAUUCCUUUUCAAAGUAGGAAUUAGAUCUGUUUUGUUUGAUAAUUAAGUAUAAUAUUUUGUUAAAAUUAAUCUGUGGAUAUGUUGAUAUUUAUGGUAACCUCAGUCAGACUUAUACGAUGUUGAGCAUAAUGUCUGUCGUUGUUUAUAUAUUCAUGUGUAUUAAUCUAAUAAAUUCUUAAAUGCGUC